UUUGAUUUUUUUAAUUAAAAAAAUAAAAAAUAAAAAAUUGUGCAUUUGUUCCAAUUUUGCCAAACCUUUAAUUUACUUUAAAAUUUGGUUUUUCCUAGAAUGUAAGAACAACCCUUUUCAAUUCUUGUCUUUAGCAUUAGUUUUUUUUUUUUUUUUAUUUCAAUGUUUGAUUAAUCUUUUGGAAUUCUUUUAUUGGUCAACAACAUUUUGAUGCAGUAGAAAGUUUGAUCAAAGAUCAAUUUCUUCAUUGAGAUGACCUCAUUUUCAACUGAAAUGCCUAAUAUUUUCAAUACUUAGGAGCUGAUAAAUGGGAUUUUCCAGAUGAUAGCAGUGAUUAAUGAUUAGGGUCUUUAAUUUGGACGCUGGAGAUGUCAACCCAGCAUGGAAAAUCUGAUCCCAAACCUUCUUCUGGAUCAGGCUCUUGCUUAUCUGAUCUCUUAAGUUCAGAAACGCCACAUUGGAAUCAAGGAAGUGAUGCAGGGAGUACAUCUUGGAUUCAGAGAAAGGACAAAUGGAAAUCUGCAGGUCCACGAGGAAGGCUGGAGAGAUUGUUGAAGGAGUCUGGGAAUAGAGUUUGUGCAGAUUGUGGAUCCCCAGAUCCAAAAUGGGUAUCUUUAAGUCUUGGAGUAUUUAUUUGUAUCAAAUGCUCUGGUGUUCAUAGAAGCCUGGGAGUUCAUAUAUCAAAGGUUUUAUCAGUGAAGCUAGAUGAAUGGACAGAUGAACAAGUUGAUUCUUUGGUAAAUUUGGGUGGCAAUAUUGUAGCAAACAAUAAGUAUGAAGCUUUCCUUCCUGAUAACCUCAAAAAGCCCGGACCAGAUUCCUCCAUUGAGGAGCGCUCCGAUUUCAUUAGGAGAAAAUAUGAGAUGCUGCAAUUUUUAGAAGGAAAUGAACAAAUAAUCUGCCCCCAUCAACCUCAUCAGAGGACUUCAUCUUCCACUCCACAGAGUUCUUCAGGCCACCAGGUUACCCAAGAGAAAAAACAGUAUGAGAAACAACCAACCCGGCACCGUAGUGGACACAAGUUUAGAAACAGCUGGGGCAGAAAAGAUUCUGAUAAUCACAAGUCCACUAAGAAGAGCAACUCAUUGGCAGGAAUGGUUGAAUUUGUUGGGCUGGUUAAGGUGAAUGUGGUUAAAGGCACCAACCUAGCUGUCCGGGAUGUGUUGUCUAGCGAUCCAUAUGUCAUUCUUGCAUUGGGCCAACAAUCAGUCAAGACCCGUGUCAUAAAGAACAACCUAAAUCCUGUGUGGAAUGAAAGGCUAAUGUUGUCAAUUCCAGAAAACAUUCCUCCUCUAAAAGUGCUCGUGUAUGAUAAAGAUACUUUCACAACUGAUGAUUUUAUGGGGGAUGCCGAGAUUGACAUUCAACCACUGGUAGCUGCGGCCAAAGCCUACGAGAAAUCUGAGAUUCAGGAAUCAAUGCAACUAGGGAAAUGGGUAGCAAGCAAAGACAACACCCUAGUAAAAGAUGGUGUUAUCACCUUAAUAGAUGGGAAAGUAAAACAGGAGAUCUCACUUAGGCUACAAAAUGUUGAGAGAGGGGUGCUGGAGAUUGAGCUUGAAUGUGUUCCUCUCACUCAAUAGCUGUCAAAAAGACUCAGGCACAUAUUGAGAUGUCAUUUCUUGCUUCUAUCCACUUGGAAUGGACAAUGUAAUGUAGGAAACAUCAUCUCGGCAGGUUAAGUAUUCCUUCUCUGAGGUUCUUGUCCCACUUUGAGUGUUCAAGGUGAUAUAUGCAUAUGCAUUUUGAAUAUUUACUGCUCUGACGUUGAGUAAAAUAAAAUGGUGCUUGCAUUAAGGGGGAACCUAGCUGGAGGACUAUGAACUAUUCGAGAGAGUAAGCUUGAGCGAGUGAGCUUGUUUGUCCUCAGUGGUGAGCCAGCAACCCCCAUUUAUGAAUUAGGCAAUGGUGGGUGGUUGUAGGUAGAAUUUGUAGCACCCCGCACUCUCAGCUUUGCUCCCUAUAAUGGUUUUUCUCUUCCUUCUUUCUUUCUUUUGUCUUUCCCUUUUCCCCAAUCAAUUUUUCAAACCGAAGAAAUAUGUUUAUAUUCCAA